UCAUACCAGCAGGAAAAGGAAAGAUGGAAGCUGCCGGACAGGAAACCACCGCCACCUCUUACCCACGCGUCAAGCCCGACUUCAAGUCGGAGCUCGAAUCGUUCCGCACGGAGACGCUGGCCAAGGCAGACACGCAGGAGAAGAACUGUCUGCCGACUGCCGCCGACGUACAGAGCGAGAAGGCCCAGCGUAGCGUGAUCGAGGGCAUUGAGGGAUUCGAUGCGUCCCGUCUGAAGCACGCCGAAACGAAGGAGAAGAACCCGCUGCCGGAUGCGGAAGCCAUUCAGGCCGAGAAGGGCGUCCAGCGGUUCAUCGAAGGUAUCGAAUCGUUCGAUACAAAGCGCCUGAAGCACGCCGAGACGCUGGAGAAAAAUCCACUGCCGACGCGCGAAACCAUCGAGGAGGAGAAGCGUGCCUAAGCGGGCACCAUUUUAGGGCAGC